AUGUUGGCCGUUAUCAACGCGGUGCCGCUGUUCCUCGGGGGACGCACAAACCCGCUCGCAGACUUCGUUGGUAUCCCACUAUCGACGUAUUAUAUUUUUCAUCAUUUCAUCGGUAGAGUCGUGUUUGCGGAAGGCGUCUUGCACGCCGCGCUAGCCCUCAGGCGGUCGCGGUACGAUCAAGUUAGUACGUCGGGCUACAUCGGUUCUGGAGGACUCCUUCUCCUCUUCUGCACUUCCAUCUGGCUUGUGCGUCGGUAUUUCUUCCGGAGCUUUGCGAAAAUACACUUUAUUCUCGCGCUCGCGACGCUCGGCGCCACCACCUGGCACACCCUUUGCCAGACGACCAGGCAGGCCAAGAUACCCGUUUUCCUUUCCGGAGGAUUGUGGGUAUCAACGACCGUUUAUAGGUGUAUUAGGAUCGCAUUCUACACUACCGGAGCGAAGAUAACGCGCGAGACCGGGGAUUCGGAGUUCUCGCGGAUCCAAGUACAUCGCGACUCUCGCGUCCGCUUCUACCCGGGAUGCUAUUUCUAUAUUUUCCCGUCGGGGAACCUCCUCCACUAUGACUCGCUCGGCAGUUUUCCGAUGGCGCUGAUGUGGUACGGGCCCGGCAGGGAACUAGAGACCGACGUAGCGGAAGACCUGGCUUUUCUAGUCUCGCACAACAGCCGCCCUCUCCGCUCCCUACGGUUCGGAGAAGGGGAGAGGCUGCUCCUGGACGGCCCCCACGGGCAGAACCUUGGUCUGCAACGCUUCGAGACCGUGAUGCUCGCAGCCCACGGGGUCGGGAUCUCGGGUGUCCUUUCCUUCGCCCUGUAUCUCUGCGAACGCCGAGGCUCUCGGGGACGGCUCCGCCGAGUGAAUCUCUUGUGGAGCCCAAAGUACUGCAAGAAGGGUCCUAGUCAUGGGCCCUCAGAAAAGGAAAAAUAA